AUUAUUAGAAUCUCUUCUUCCAUUAGAGACCUAGUUGAGGUUGAGCCCUGAAUCCGCCGCCGUUGCUGGUCACCACUCUCUCCAUAGCCGAAUUCCAUUAAUUGCAGAGGGAAAUGUCGCACUUUGGAAGAUCCGGCCCUCCCGAUAUCAGAGAUACCUACUCCCUUCUCGUCCUCAACAUCACUUUCCGAACCACCGCCGAUGAUCUUUACCCCCUUUUCGAUAAGUAUGGAAAGGUUGUCGAUGUCUUCAUCCCCAGAGACCGCAGGACUGGGGAUUCCAGAGGAUUUGCAUUUGUUCGAUAUAAGUAUGCGGAUGAAGCACAGAAGGCAAUUGACAAGCUUGAUGGACGAAUGUUGGAUGGCAGAGAAAUUAUGGUUCAAUUCGCUAAGUACGGUCCUAAUGCUGAGAAAAUUCGUAAGGGGAGAGUAAUGGAAUCAUCAUCGAAGACAAGGGGAAGGUCAAGGAGCCGCAGUCCACGUUCAAGGCACCGCGAUGACCCUAGGGAUAGGGAUUACAGGAGAAGAAGUCGCAGUAGAAGCCGGGAGAGAUAUGAUCGUGAUAGACCCCACAGAAGUGAGAGAGAACGCUAUCGUAGUAGGAGUCGUAGUGCUAGUCCUGACCGUAGUAAAGAUCGUAGAAGGGGAAGAGAUGAUGAUGAGCGGCGUAGUGCUAGCCAUUCUGAUAGAAGCAUGUCGCCCACCCGACGUUCCCCUGAUACUCGGAGAAGCAUAUCUCCACGUAGGACACCACCACCUAGGGGUAGAAGUGACGACGAACAUUCGCCAAGCCGAGAUAAUGGCUCAUCAGAUGAUAAACCAGUUGAUUCUCGAAGUCCAUCUCCUGCUAGAUCGGAUGCAGAUGAAUGAUCUGUACAAGCCAUAGAGUAAUUUAUGCAAGCUAAGGCAUUGGUGAUCUUAGAAACUAUAUAUGCAUUCUAUGAUGGGAACAAGCAUUGGCAUCCCAGAGGGGAUAUUUUGCACAAUUGUAUCUGCCUUUUUUUGUACUCCAAGGACUGGCUUGGAUGUCAAGAUAGACAUGUAGGAUCCUGUUCCUAAUUAGUUUACGAGUUCGUUUUUCUUUUUUAGAUUUCUUCAAAGUAGUAUCUGUACUAUUUACAUGCAAAAUAUGAGUCUUCUCAGUGUUUGAUUUUGACCUACUCAGAUGUAUAAUGAUUAUGAAUUGAUUCUUCUGCA